UCACAAUCCUAAUCCAGUUCCGGUCCUCCCAUUUGAAGAAGCCACGAGCAUAUGAACUUCAAGCUCAUGAGAAUAUUACAUAGAUAAAAUAAAAACACAGCCAUGAGCUCUCAGCUCAUAUCUUCUUCUCCACCGAUCACCAAAUUCCCGACCCCAAAACCCAAUCCUCACUCCCUUUCUCAAAGAACCCAAAUCCCUCUCCAUGUUUACAAACACCCAGCAGCUAUCCUUUUAGAGCUCUCAACUUACGUUAAAGAAGUUUACCAAAUCCUUCCCCACAUAAUCAAAUCCAAUCUCUACACCGAACACUUGUUCCAGACCAAGCUCCUCAGCCUCUUCUGUAACCACGGUUGCAUUGCCGAAGCUGCCCGUGUUUUCGAACCCAUCGAAGAUAAACCCGAGGUUCUUUAUUACACUUUGCUUAAAGGGUAUGCAAAACACUCAUCGUUGCACGGAGCUUUGUUGUUUUUCGUUAGGAUGAAAGUUGAUAAUGUUAAGCCUGUUGUUUAUAACUUUACUUACUUGUUGAAAGUUUGUGGGGAUAAAGGGGAGCUUAGGAGGGGUAAGGAGAUUCAUGGGCAGUUGAUAAAAAAUGGGUUUUCUUCGAAUGUCUUUGCAAUGACUGGUGUUGUUAAUUUGUAUGCGAAAUGUAGACAAAUUGAAGAAGCUUAUAAGAUGUUUGAUAGAAUGCCUGACAGAGAUUUGGUUUCUUGGAAUACGAUUAUUUCUGGUUUUGCGCAGAAUGGCUUAGCUAAACUUGCUUUGGAUUUAGUUGUUAGGAUGCAAAAGGAAGGGCAGAGACCUGAUUCGAUUACUCUCGUUUCCAUUUUGCCUUCCGUGGCUACUAUGGGGUCGGUUAAGAUCGGGAGGUCGGUUCACGGUUAUGUUUUAAGAGCUAGUUUUGAAGGACUUGUGAAUGUGAAUACUGCAUUGGUUGAUAUGUAUUCGAAAUGCGGGUAUAUUGGAACCGGGAGAUUGAUAUUUGAUGGGAUGAGACAGAGGACUACCGUUUCGUGGAAUUCGAUGAUCGAUGGUUAUGUUCGAAGUGGGUAUGCUGAGGAAGCUAUGGCUAUUUUCGAGAGGAUGUUGGAUGAAGGAGUGGAACCGACUGAUGUUACUAUAAUGGGAGCUGCUCAUGCUUGCGCGGAUUUGGGUGAUCUUGACCGUGGAAUGUUUGUUCAUAAGUUAUUCGACAGUUUGAAACUUGGUAACAAUGUAUCUGUUAUGAACUCUUUGAUUUCCAUGUACUCCAAAUGUAAGAGAGUCGACCUUGCCGUGGAUAUUUUCAAAAAAUUGCACGGUAAAACACUUGUUUCUUGGAAUGCUAUGAUUUUAGGCUUUGCGCAAAAUGGAUGUGUUAAUGAUGCUUUAAAUUACUUUUACGAGAUGCAUUCUCGAAACUUAAGACCGGAUUCAUUUACGAUGGUUAGUGUGCUUCCCGCUCUGGCAGAAUUAUCAGUUACACGCCAAGCAAAGUGGAUUCAUGGAUAUUGUAUUAGAAGUUGUUUGGAUGAUGACAUUUUUGUGAUGACUGCACUCGUUGACAUGUAUGCAAAGUGUGGAGAAAUUCACACCGCCAGGAAGCUUUUCGAUCGGAUGAAUGAGCGGCAUGUAACAACAUGGAAUGCUAUGAUAGAUGGCUACGGAACGCAUGGGCUCGGGAAAGCUGCUUUAGAGUUGUUCAAUGAAAUGCAAAAGGGAACUGAACCAAAUGAUGUUACGUUCCUUAGCGUUCUCGCCUGCAGCCAUGCAGGUAUGGUGGAGGAGGGGCGUAGCUACUUUACCAGCAUGAAGAGAGAUUAUGGCAUAGAGCCUGCAAUGGACCACUAUGGAGCCAUGGUUGACCUUCUUGGUCGAGCUGGUCGACUAGAUGAAGCUUGGAAUUUCAUUCAAAAGAUGCCUAUCGAGCCAGGGAUUAACGUAUAUGGUGCCAUGUUGGGAGCUUGCAAAAUCCAUAAAAAUGUCGAGUUUGGUGAGAAGGCGGCAGGCAAACUGUUUGCAUUAAAUCCGGAUGAAGGUGGGUACCAUGUACUUCUUGCUAACAUAUAUGCAACAGCUUCAAUGUGGGGAGAAGUGGCUAAAGUCAGAACUAUGAUGAAAAAGAAAGGGCUUCAGAAAACACCUGGCUGCAGCGUCGUCGAGUUGAGAAAUGAAGUUCACAGUUUCUACUCCGGAACCACGAACCACCCUCAGUCUAAAAGAAUCUAUGCUUUCCUCGAGGAGCUGGGACAUAAGAUGAAAGCUGCUGGUUACGUGCCGGACACGAGUUCGAUUCAUGACGUGGAAGACGACGUUAAAGAGCAGUUAAACAGUACACACAGCGAGAGGCUAGCUAUCGCGUUCGGUCUCUUGAAUACCAGCAACGGCACACCUAUACAUGUCAGAAAGAACCUGAGAGUUUGUGGUGACUGUCAUACUGCAACAAAAUACAUUUCCCUUGUGACAGGGAGAGAAAUCAUAGUGAGAGAUAUGCAGCGAUUUCACCACUUCAAGAAUGGAACCUGUUCUUGUGGAGAUUAUUGGUGAAAU